CGGGGCUGGGGUCGGGCUCGGGCGCCGGCCGGGCUUGCGCAGCGCUCGGCUCCGCGUCGCCCGGCGUCGGCCGUGUGAGGGCGCGGCCGCCGGCGGGGCUGAGGCCCGGGCGGGCGGGAGGCGGUGGCCGAGGGGCGGAGGCCGGCCCAUGGACCCGCGGGGCCCGGCGCCUCAGACUCUGCGCCGCGGGGACGGAGCCCAAGAUGUCGGCCUAGGCCGGGGCGCGGCGACGCGGACGGGGCGGCGGCCGGGCGCUGAGGGGACUCGCGGCCGCCGGGCCCCCCGGGGCUCGCGCUGACGGGCUGGCCGAGCGGGCGGCGCGUGGCCGGUGCGGGGAGAGCGGGCGGCGCGGCACCAUGUCGGCCAAGGUGCGGCUGAAGAAGCUGGAGCAGCUGCUCCUGGACGGGCCGUGGCGCAACGAGAGCGCCCUGAGCGUGGAGACGCUGCUCGACGUGCUCGUGUGCCUGUACACCGAGUGCAGCCACUCGGCCCUGCGGCGCGACAAGUACGUGGCCGAGUUCCUCGAGUGGGCUAAACCGUUCACACAGCUGGUGAAAGAAAUGCAGCUUCAUCGAGAAGACUUUGAGAUAAUUAAAGUGAUCGGAAGAGGCGCUUUUGGUGAGGUUGCUGUUGUCAAAAUGAAGAACACUGAACGAAUUUAUGCCAUGAAGAUCCUCAACAAGUGGGAGAUGCUUAAAAGAGCAGAGACCGCUUGUUUCCGAGAGGAGCGGGACGUGCUGGUGAACGGCGACUGCCAGUGGAUCACCACGCUGCACUACGCUUUUCAGGACGAGAACUACCUGUACUUGGUCAUGGAUUACUACGUGGGGGGCGAUCUGCUGACCCUGCUCAGCAAGUUUGAGGACAAGCUUCCGGAGGACAUGGCGAGGUUCUACAUCGGUGAGAUGGUGCUGGCCAUCGACUCCAUCCACCAGCUCCAUUACGUGCACAGGGACAUCAAGCCUGACAACGUACUUUUGGACGUGAACGGCCACAUCCGCCUGGCCGACUUCGGGUCGUGCUUGAAGAUGAGCGACGAUGGAACUGUCCAGUCCUCUGUGGCCGUGGGCACACCUGACUACAUCUCCCCAGAGAUCCUGCAGGCCAUGGAGGACGGCAUGGGCGCGUACGGGCCCGAGUGUGACUGGUGGUCCCUGGGCGUCUGCAUGUACGAGAUGCUGUAUGGAGAAACCCCCUUUUAUGCCGAGUCGCUGGUGGAGACCUACGGCAAGAUCAUGAACCAUGAGGAGCGAUUUCAGUUCCCCUCCCAUGUCACGGAUGUCUCUGAAGAAGCCAAGGACCUCAUCCAGAGGUUGAUCUGCAGCAGAGAGCGCCGGCUGGGGCAGAACGGGAUAGAGGACUUCAAAAAGCACGCGUUCUUUGAAGGCCUGAACUGGGAAAACAUCCGGAACCUGGAAGCCCCGUACAUCCCUGACGUGAGCAGUCCUUCUGACACCUCCAACUUCGACGUGGAUGACGACGUGCUGAGAAACACUGAAAUCCUACCUCCCGGUUCUCACACAGGUUUUUCUGGAUUACAUUUGCCAUUCAUUGGUUUCACAUUCACAACAGAAAGCUGUUUCUCUGAUCGAGGCUGUCUGAAGAGCACCAUGCAGACCCACACGUUAACCGAGGACGAGGACGUGCAGCGAGACCUGGAGAACAGCCUGCAGGUCGAGGCCUACGAGAGGAGGAUCCGCAGGCUGGCGCAGGAGAAGCUGGAGCUGAGCCGGAAGCUGCAAGAGUCCACCCAGACCGUGCAGUCUCUUCACGGCUCCACUCGGGCCCUGAGCAGUUCCAACCGAGACAAAGAAAUCAAAAAGCUCAACGAAGAGAUUGAACGUCUGAGGAGUAAGGUAGCAGAUUCGAGCAGGCUGGAGCGGCAGCUGGAGGACACGGUCUCGCUUCGCCAGGAGCACGAGGACUGCACGCAGCGGCUGAAGGGCCUGGAGAAGCAGUGCCGCGCGGCGCGGCAGGAGAAGGAGGACCUGCACAAGCAACUGGUGGAAGCGUCAGAGCGGCUGAAAUCCCAGGCCAAAGAACUCAGAGACGCGCAUCAGCAGCGGAAGCUGGCCCUGCAGGAGUUUUCCGAGCUCAACGAGCGCAUGGCGGAGCUCCGCUCCCAGAAGCAGAAGGUGUCCCGGCAGCUGCGGGACCGAGAGGAGGAGGUGGAGGUGGCCAUGCAGAAGAUGGACUCGCUGCGGCAGGAGAUGCGCAAGUCCGAGAAGCUCAGGAAAGAGCUGGAGGCUCAGCUCGAAGACGCCGUCGCCGAGGCCUCCAAGGAACGCAAGCUUCGUGAGCACAGCGAGAGCUUCUCCAAGCAGGUGGAGCGCGAGCUGGAGGCCCUCAAGGUGAAGCAGGGCGGCCGGGGGCCGGGGGCGGCCCUGGAACAUCAGCAGGAGAUCUCCAAGAUCAAGUCUGAGCUGGAGAAGAAAGUCUUGUUUUACGAAGAGGAGUUGGUCCGGCGCGAGGCCUCGCACGUGCUGGAGGUGAAGAGUGUGAGGAAGGAGGCUCAUGACUCCGAGAGCCAGCAGCUGGCCCUGCAGAAGGAGGUGCUGAUGCUGAAAGACAAGCUGGAGAAGGCGAAACGCGAGCGGCACACUGAGAUGGAGGAGGCGGUGGGCACCGUCAGAGACAAGUACGAGCGGGAGAGAACGAUGCUGCUUGAUGAAAACAAGAAGUUAACAGCUGAGAAUGAAAAGCUUUGUUCCUUUGUGGACAAACUCACGGCUCAAAACAGACAGCUGGAGGGCGAGCUGCAGGACCUGGCCUCCAAGAAGGAGUCCGCCGCGCACUGGGAAGCCCAGAUCGCGGAAAUCAUUCAGUGGGUCAGCGACGAGAAGGACGCCCGGGGCUACCUUCAGGCUCUGGCUUCUAAGAUGGCGGAGGAGCUCGAGGCUCUGCGGAGCUCCAGCCUGGGGUCCAGGACACUGGACCCGCUUUGGAAAGUCCGACGCAGUCAGAAGCUGGACAUGUCUGCACGGCUGGAGUUGCAGUCUGCGCUUGAGGCAGAGAUCCGGGCCAAGCAGCUGGUGCAGGAGGAGCUGAGGAAGGUCAAAGAUGCAAAUCUCUCCUUCGAGAGCAAACUGAAGGACUCCGAAGCCAGAAACAGGGGGUUACUGGAAGAGAUGGAGAAUUUGAAGAAGAAGAUGGAGGAGAACUUGAGAGCAGACCCUGGGCUCAAACUUCCAGACUUUCAGGAUGCUAUUUUUGAGUACUUCAACACUGCACCUCUUGCACAUGACCUGACGUUCAGAAGCAGCUCAGCCAGUGAGCAGGAAGCGCAGGCUGCAAAGCCGGAGGCCUCGCCCUCUGUGGCCGCCAGCACCGAGCAGCAGGAGGACCUGGCGCGACCGCCACAGAGGAUGCCCGCUGUGCCGCUGCCCACCACGCCGGCCCUCGCCCUGGCUGGACCAAAGCCCAAGGCCCACCAGUUCAGCAUCAAGUCCUUCUCCAGCCCCACACAGUGCAGCCACUGCACCUCCCUGAUGGUCGGCCUCAUUCGCCAGGGCUACGCCUGCGAGGUGUGUUCCUUUGCGUGCCACGUCUCCUGCAGAGACAGCGCCCCCCAGGUGUGCCCCAUCCCUCCCGAGCAGUCCAAGAGGCCUCUUGGCGUGGACGUACAGAGGGGCAUAGGAACAGCCUACAAGGGCUACGUCAAGGUCCCAAAGCCCAGCGGGGUGAAGAAGGGCUGGCAGCGGGCGUACGCGGUGGUGUGCGACUGCAAGCUCUUCCUGUACGACCUGCCUGAGGGGAAGUCCGCCCAGCCCGGGGUCGUCGCCAGCCAGGUCCUGGACCUCAGAGACGAAGAGUUUUCUGUGAGCUCAGUCCUGGCCUCAGAUGUCAUCCACGCCACGCGCCGAGACGUCCCGUGUAUAUUCAGGGUGACGGCCUCUCUCUUAGGUACACCUUCCAAGACCAGCGCCCUGCUCAUUCUGACAGAGAAUGAGAACGAGAAGAGGAAGUGGGUGGGGAUUCUAGAAGGACUGCAGUCCAUCCUCCACAAAAACCGGCUGAGGAACCAGGUGGUGCACGUGCCGCAGGAAGCCUACGACAGCUCGCUGCCGCUCAUCAAGGCCGUGCUGGCGGCGGCCAUCGUGGAUGGAGACCGGAUAGCAGUUGGCCUGGAAGAGGGACUGUACGUCAUUGAGGUCACCCGAGACGUGAUCGUCCGCGCCGCCGACUGUAAGAAAGUGCACCAGAUCGAGCUUGCUCCCCGAGAGAAGAUGGUCGUCCUCCUGUGUGGCCGCAGCCACCACGUGCACCUCUACCCGUGGUCCUCUCUGGAUGGAGCGGAAGGCAGCUUUGAUAUCAAGCUCCCGGAAACCAAAGGCUGCCAGCUCAUAGCCACGGCCACCCUGAAGGGGAGCUCUGCGACCUGCCUCUUCGUGGCCGUGAAGCGGCUGGUCCUCUGCUAUGAGAUCCAGAGGACUAAGCCCUUCCACAGGAAGUUCAGUGAGCUCGCGGCCCCCGGACACGUGCAGUGGAUGGCCGUGUUCAAGGACAGGCUGUGUGUUGGCUACCCUUCUGGGUUCUCUCUGUUGAGCAUCCAGGGAGACGGGCAGGCUCUCAACCUGGUAAAUCCCAAUGACCCCUCGCUUACGUUCCUCUCACAACAGUCUUUUGAUGCCCUUUGUGCUGUGGAACUCACAAGUGAGGAGUACCUGCUUUGCUUCAGCCACAUGGGACUGUACGUGGACCCACAAGGCCGGAGGUCACGCAUGCAGGAGCUCAUGUGGCCUGCGGCUCCUGUCGCCUGUAGUUGCAGCCCUUCCCACGUCACGGUGUACAGCGAGUAUGGCGUCGACGUCUUUGACGUGCGCACCAUGGAGUGGGUGCAGACCAUCGGCUUGCGGAGGCCCGACUCGGAUUCCACCAAACACUCAACCCCGUCAAACAGCUCCAACCCCAGUGGCCCGCCAAGCCCCAACUCCCCCCACCGGAGCCAGCUUCCCCUCGCAGGCCUGGAGCAGCCACCUUGCGAUGCCUGAGGCUGCCAGCCCUCCACCGCUGCCACUGGGCCAGGGAGUCUGGACGGCCCCCAACGUCAGUGCCAAGACUGAGCGGACCCUCCAGUGUUCAAAGAAAUGUAGACACGGAGAUGGAGGAAACCUUUAUUGUAACAGUGGUCAGUUUUAUGCUGUGUUGUUCAUGGCAGCAGACCAGAUCACUUGUCAGCACAGCCGUGAGGUGACACUGUUCGUUUGCACAUGAAGGACCACACACCCCUCCCUCCCGCACCCUCCCCGAAAGGCGCACGGGCCGAGGACGCCGGCCACAGCAGAAGCCCUCACAGGAGGCGCUGAUCUGUCAGCUCUCCCCUGGACGUCCUGAGCACCGCAGCAGAGAGGCGGGGAGGGUCACCCAGUCACCAGGAGUUUGAAGAUGGGGGGGGGGGGGGCGGAUGCAGGUUAAUCUGGCCUUUUUCCUCAUGUCACUGCAUAGUCAGCUGUGGAUGUCCUUGCUGACCACCUGGUUAUGGGGAGGCCUGGGACCAGUGACACGGCAUCCCCGCAUGCUAGUUCACACUGGGCCACAGCCACAAGGUAGCACCAGCACCUGCUGACGUCAGCUGGGUCCUCUGUCUGCACCUGCUGGACUGAGGGGAGGCCUGGGGACACCUGCCCCGCCCCCGCAUGGCACCCACCGCCAGAUACACUCCUGCUUCCGGCCCCAGCCUGCGGCGCGCAUUAAUCGCGCUGCUUCCUGUAGCCAGUGUUGAGUGAUCAAGUGUGUGGCCCUGUCUCUUUAAAGGCUUGUGACUGACUGGCAGCAGACACAGCCUGUGCUCCCGCCCUCCACGUCUGUGGGGGCGGUGCUGAGUGCUGUGGCUGCCACGUCACACACCAGCACCUGCCCGCUCCUCCUGGGCCUUCUGCUGGGGCGGGCACCUGCUGGGGGUCUGGUUUUUAAUUUUUUAAUGUAAGUCUGAGUCUUUGUAAUUAUUGAAUCGUGAGAACAUUUUUGAACAAUUUACCUGUCAAUAAAGCAGAGACGGCAGUUUUAAAGUUCUCAGUGGUCGCCUGUGCUGAGGCUGCGCCCCGUGUCCGGGCUCCUAGAAUUCCUUCCCAGAAGCCAGCUGGCCUGCCCAAGCUGUCCUGGGUCACGUGCACUGAAGUCAGAAGCCACACACAAAGUCACUCGCAGUCCUGGGGCAGAGCUGGUCCCCAUAACUGGAGCUUCCACCUGCUCAGACCCAGGUUGGGGGUGUCCAGGGGGACACCUGCCAGGGCUGACUGGCCAGCUGCUUCUGCCAGGCCUCCAGGUCCCACUGUGAGACUCAGGCAGGGGUCAAUGAGAGACGCCAUGGGUCAGGGUAGGGGGGGACUGUCCCAUGCACUCCUACCCCCUCAGCAGCCUGACGGGCAGGCCAGAGUGCACGGAGAGGAGCCAAGGGGUGGGGGUGGGGCUCUGGCCUGAUGGGUCAAGGUAGCCUUGGAUUUGCCAUUCACGGAAGGUUCCGGCUAACCAGCGCCCCUAAGAAGACAGCGGCACCGCCACAGAGGUGCACAGAAGCAGGAGUGCUGGCCGGGGCCGCAGCUGAGCACGUGGUCCCCCAUGGAACAGUUUCUGCCCCCACAGCCCAUGCUGGCCAGCACGCUCCCUAGCCCCUGGGCCGAGGCCAUCUGAGGCUCCGUGAUCCUAGCCCAGAAGGAACAUGGCACAGCUCCCAAAGCUCUGCCCAGGAGCUCCCGUGAGCCCGCUUACUCCCACAGCUGCCCUUCCAGGGGCCACACGGCCCUUCAGGGGACAGAGAACAGUCCCUGAGUGGUGGGGAGCAGCACUGACCCUGCGCAGACGAGGCAGCCGCGGCUGCAGUUCGCGCGCAUUGGCGAGUGCCCAGUGCGCAGUGGUGAGGGGCCAGCGACACCUGACGCCAACACAGCCUUGCCUGCUGCAGGACGCACGCAGUGGUUCACCACGAGACGGCUGGCCACCACACGCUACGGUGAGCGCCACAGACGUGGACCACGAAGACCAGGAAGCCAACCAUGGGCCCAGCCCUGGGAACGCAGACAAGUACUGCGGGACCUUCUCUUCCCCAAGAGACCGAGCGACUGGGCGCCAGGAUUCUCGGGCACACGGAGCAGGCCCCUCUCACGCCGUCCCGUAGUCCGAGGGAAAGGCACCUCUGAGCCCCCCAGGGGCGCCGACCCGUCAGCCUGGGCCGGGCCCCAGCUCUGCUGGUCUGCUUGCGGGGGCGGCAGCUGCUGACUUGCGUUCUGGGCCCUGGCCUCGCGUUGGGGAGACCUGGAUGUAGCCCUGGCUUCAGCCUGGCCAGCGUCGGGCUGUUGUGGGCGUCUGGGGAAUGAAGCACUGGCUGGGAGAUCUGUCUGCUUUUCAAAUAAACAGAAUAAAAACUUUAAAACAA